UGUGGUGCAAGAUGUCUCAAAGGAAGAUGCUGCAAAUCUCUACUGGAGCUCUGGUUCUUCUCCUACCCUGGUUUGGUGGACUGGUCAUCGGAGAGAUCAGCCAAGACUUCUCCCAGUGUCUUAAUUUCUUUUACAAUGAAACUCCACCACAGGGUAUUGAUGUAGCUGGAUAUGUUCCAAUAUGCCAGCGCCACAAAAACCAGUACCAUUUUGCCAGUUUGUAUCACCGGCAGCAUCGCGCACCUUUAUACUCCGCGUACAUACUCAGCCCUGCAGAUGGUAAACGACCCAAUUCCACUUGGAUGUAUGAACCACAGUUGGCGUUUUCUCGUGCCAGCCCUGAGAUGAAAUCUUUUGCCGCCUCCAUCGACCAGAAUGUGAUUGAGAGCCAGGCAGUGUUUAAGGACUACAAGAACUCCAACUACACCAAAGGCCAUCUCAAUCCCAGCAUGCAUCAGAAGACAAAAGAAGACCGUGAAGCCACCUUCACCCUGACGAACAUUGUCCCUCAGCGGAAAGGCUCCAACUCUGGCCCCUGGAAUUUACUAGAGAACCAAAUGUUAAGAAAAUUCAAGGCCUUCUGCAGAGGGCCGAUGUACGUGAUCACCGGGGUCAUGCCUUAUGAGUCUGAAGCUCGCUGGAUCAAUAAUAGGGUGUCGGUCCCUGAGUACAUGUGGUCUGCGUACUGCUGCCCAUCUUAUAAUGACACCCUUCCUGAGUCUUUGCAGCCAUUUUUCCCCACAUAUGCAGCAGUGGGGAGAAAUGAUUGCAACAGUGGAGAGGAGAUUGUACCAGUUAAUGCUAAGGCAAAGGCUUCUGUUCGGGGCUAUGAUGUGAGGAAGAUGUCUUUAAAGACCCUGGAGGGGUACCUGGCACAAAGGCUGGCCAUGCCCAUCAGUCUGUUUGAUGGACAGUGUCAGUAAAAAAGACCAGAGCUUUUGAUUCUUAUUGAAAUCCAGGUUUAACAUUUGCCCUGUCUGACCAGAUUCAAAUAGCCUUGAGUCUUUCCCCCCAUUCCUAAUAAACUCCCCUCUUUGUAAUACUGAAUGAGUGUUUGAUCACCCAAACAUGAUAUUGUCUCAUGAUGGUUUGAAAUAUUUUUUUUCUG